CCGCCGGCCUCGUGAGCAGGCUCGGCCACGCUUCCCAGCGCGGGGGCCGGGGCCCCGAAUCUCCGCCGCCACCAUGGUGCGCUGCGGCUGCUCGCUCCUGAGGAAGUAUGGAAACUUCAUGGACAAUCUAAGACUCUUUGCAAAAGGAGGAGCUGGUGGAAUGGGUUAUCCUCGAUUAGGUGGAGAAGGAGGCAGAGGUGGUGAUGUCUGGGUUGUAGCCAAGAAAAGAAUGAGCUUAAAAAAAAUUAAGGAUAAAUAUCCCCAGAAACGGUUUGUGGCAGGAGAAGGAGCAAACAGUCGAAUCAGUGCAUUAAAGGGAGAGAAAGGCCUGGAUUAUGAAAUAUCUGUGCCUGUGGGCAUUACAGUAACUGAUGAGAGAGGCCAAAUUAUAGGAGAACUCAAUAAAGAGGAUGAUAGAAUUUUGAUAGCAAAAGGAGGACUUGGGGGUAAUUUGCUUUCAAAUUUCUUGCCAUCCAAGGGUCAAAAAAGAAUAAUUCACCUUGAUCUAAAACUUAUAGCUGACAUAGGCCUUGUAGGAUUUCCAAAUGCUGGAAAAUCCUCUUUACUAAGUAAAGUUUCCCACGCAAAACCUGAGAUUGCAGAUUAUGCAUUUACAACAUUAAAACCUCAGUUGGGAAAGAUUAUGUAUAAAGAUUUCAAACAGGUAUCUGUAGCUGAUCUUCCAGGUUUAAUAGAAGGAGCACAUAUGAACAAAGGAAUGGGACAUAAAUUCCUCAAGCAUAUAGAAAGAACCAAACAGCUUCUUUUUGUUGUUGAUGUCUCUGGGUUUCAGCUUUCUUCAAAAACUAAAUUCAGAUCUGCCUUUGAAACUGUAAUAUUGCUUACAAAGGAGCUGGAGCUAUACAAAGAAGACCUUAUGAUGAAACCUUCACUACUUGCAGUUAAUAAAAUGGAUUUACCAGAUGCUGAAGAUAAAUUCAGUGAACUUGUGAACCAACUACGUAAUCCUAAAGAUUUUUCACAUCUCUUUGAAAAAGAUGAAAUUCCAGGGAAAACUAUGGAGUUCCAACAUAUCAUCCCAAUAUCUGCACAGACAGGAGAAGGAAUUGAAGAAUUAAAGAACUGCCUAAGACUAUCCAUAGAUGAACAAUCGGAUCAGGAAAAUGAAAAGUUCUCUGAAAAACAGUUGCUAAAUAUACAGAAUUCAAAAUUAUCACAUGUUGAUCCCUCAUCGAAAUACGCUAGAAUGGAAAUAACUGAAUGUCAUUAAAAUGUUAUUCCUGCUAUUAAUUAAAUUAGAUGACCUCAAA